UCCUUCCUGCGGCGCCUGCUCGCUUCGAGGUAUGGGACAGCGCCUCCGGCCCGCCAGCACCACCUGAGGAUCCCGGAAGUCGCCCCCGCCAUGGAAGACGACCAGGAGCUGGAGAGGAAAGCAAUAGAAGAACUGCUUAAAGAGGCAAAACGUGGGAAAACAAGAGCAGAAACAAUGGGACCUAUGGGCUGGAUGAAGUGUCCUCUGGUUGGUACAAAUAAAAGAUUUCUAAUUAACACAAUUAAGAACACACUGCCCUCCCAGAAAGACCAAGACCACGAACAAAAAGAGGUCAGUAAGGAACCUGCGACAAGCCAGGACCAGAAGGAGGAAUGCCGGCAGAAGCACAGAACCCACCCAUACAAGCACAGCGGCCACGCUCGAGGCCCUGCCCGUCAUUCCCCGCCGGGGAAGCGGGGCAGCCCGGAGAAGUCCCAGAAGCGGUCCAGCAAGCGGUGAGGCAGGGACGCAGGGUGAGCGCGACCGUCCCAGCACCCGGGCCUGGGCUGGUGCAGAGAUGGGGCUGAGGACGGCCCGCGCUGGCAGCGCAAACACCCAAGAGGGAUCUUCCAGCAGGGCCGCUGUUGUGACAGCGGAAGAUCACCCGAGGCUCCAAGGAAAGAGUUCAGAGGGAGCGCUCUGAAGAUGUCUUGGCAAGUUGAAGCUGCUUCAGCGGUGUAGUAUACAUAUGUAUUGAUUUUAUUCUGUCUUGUUUGGAAGUUGGUUUCAAAAUAAAUCUAGAACUUAAAAGUU